AUUAAGGUCAAGUGAUCUGUAUUGUUAUAUGUCAGAAAUGUAGAAAUUCCCCCCAACCAAAAUCUCUGUUAAGUUUUCUUCAAAAUUUGCGGCUUACGCAGCCCUUUCAAAUGGGAAAGACGACGCUAGAUGUGGUUGUCUUCGGGACGGCAAACAUCGAAUAUAUAACAUAUGUCCCGGAAUUGCCGAAACCCGGUGAACUUGUCGCCGGAACGUACAUGGAGACCUGUUUCGGUGGGAAGGGAGCCAAUCAGUGUGUAGCAGCUGCCAAAUUGGGGGCCUCCACUGUUUUGGUCGCCAAGUUGGGCAAGGAUGAAUCCGGAGAUGACUACCUGAACCACCUGCAACAGCACGAGGUUGAUGUCACGCACGUCCAGCAGGUGGAGAACAAUCCCACGGGCAUGAGUGAAAUCGCGGUCUCUGAGAAUGGAGAUCAGUACAAGAUCAACGUGGCUGGUGCGAAUGUCUUUCUCACGGCCAAGGAUGUGAACCGGGCUAAGAAGUCCUUUCAUGAUGCGAAGGUACUUCUCUGCCAACUGGAAACGGAUAUGAAUGCCACCAUGUGUGCGUUGCGCCAGUUCAAGGGGAUCUCCCUGCUCCACAUGUCGCCAAUGAGAAAAGACAUUCCAAAUGCCAUGAUUGGUUUGCCUAGUAUUUUGGUUGCGAAUCAGGAGGCAGCUGCCAACCUAACCGAUAUGGAGGAAGUGACAAACCCUGAUCAGGCACGAAAAGCAGCUGAAACUCUUAUCGGAAAGGGAGCCAAGAGCGUGAUCAUUACCAUGGGUGAGCAAGGAGCGGUUUACAUGUCCAAGAAGAGCAAGGAUAUGUGCACCCAUGUGCCCGCCUCCGAUGUGCCGCACUUGGCCGAUUCCUCGGGCGCCGGAGAUGCCUUUAUGGGCAGCUUGGCCUAUCACAUAGCUCGAUUUCCCAAACUGUCCACAGAACAUCAUAUUAGUGCGGCCCACUCCUGCGCCGCCUACUCCAUGGGCCGCCGCGGCACUCAGCCAAGUUUUCCGGGCAAGGAAAGCGCCAAAAAUGACCUGUGCUAUUCGACGCCCACCUUUAGUGUCAUUCCACCUUCUAGUCCGCAACAUGAAGAUGGAGCAAAAACGCCACCGCCUUCAAUAGUAGCCCCUACGCCCGAUGAAGCUCACUCCCAAAAGGAAGCUGAGGAAGAACCGCCACGACCUGCACCUCCACCACCGGAGGAUAAAAUUCUUGAAGCACCUCCACCAAGGACCUCCGAAGAACCUCCGAAAGUAGUGGAAACCUCCAACGAACCACCAAAGCCCGUUGAGACCACUGAUGAACCUCCAAAGCCUGCGGAGACCGCAGAUGAAGCUCCUGUGAAACCCGUGGAUACUGCUAAUGAGCCACCUGCCAAUAAAGCAUAACAUUAAACUAUUCGCAUAGAAAAUAUUAAAUAAGUAAUUAAGUUAAUAAGGAUUGAGAGGGCAAUAGAAAAAAAUUGUAGAAUUGAAAAUAAACGCAUCUGCGAAAUUAUUAAU